AUGGAGCAUGCUAGGCUAACGCUGCACAACAGUCGGCUAGUCAACCUAGUUGUCGGUGGGAUUAUGGUUCUUGGAGGAAUCAGUCAAUUCUUCCCCAUAGGCUUUCGGAGUAUCAUUGUCGGCAUCUUUGUGAUCAUAUUUGGCCUUGCUAUUGCCGGUCUCGAACUACUACCCCAGGUUCCGCCAUAUGUCCCUCGAUACGCAAGCUUCCUGUUCUCUUUCCUUGGGCGUGGCGUCUUCUAUAUCUUCAUCGGUUGCAUCAUCCUUGAAGGCCAUGUGUUGCGCAUAAUCGCCGGGACCAUCAUCGGGGUUGUUGGUGUCGCUUACUGCGGGCUCGAAUUCACGCCUUCUAUCGAGCCUCCCAACAACAUGAGGGAUGCAGACGCCGGAUGGGGCGCCGAACAGGUUUAA